UGAGCGGGGUCGAGCCGAAGCCGCGGUGGCUCUUAAAGGUGAAACGAGUGAUAAAGGAAAAACAUUACACAAAGCAUUUAGUUUGAAAGACGUUUCUGAAUACAGCGAAAGCAAGGAUAAAUUGGAUGAAAGUAUCGAAGAGAUUAAAAAGCAUAUUGCAUUAAUAGAAGAAAUAAUUAAGGUUAAGGAUACGGAAACUAGUAAAUUAGAGUCACGAAAAACAGUCUUGGAGACUGCUAAGAAAGACCAACAAAAUACAGGAGGUGGCGAUGGCAGCGGUAAACCUGAUGAAGCAUGA